CGGCCCUAUAUAAACUGUGGCCAGGAAAAGAGGCCCGAGAAGGGUUAAAAUAGUCCCCUAGAGCGCCAGCGCCAUAAUCAGCUCUGCAGCUAAGGGGCGAAAGCAGAGGCAGUAGCCAGCCGCACAGCCUCUCCCAGCCUCUCCUGCUUUAUCGCAGCCACCGGUACCCACCCCGACGGGACGGGGCUGUAGCGGAUGGCGCGGCGUUAGAUUCCACUGGGGAGGCUAGGCUCAACGCAGGGCCGCUGGGGGGCCAGGGAGCCGCGCCCGCUUCACCAUGAACCUAGUGGGCAGCUACCCCCAUCCACACCCCCACCAUCACCCCCCUCACCCCCAUCCCAUGCUGCACGAACCCUUCCUUUUCGCUCCUGCCUCUCGGUGCCAUCAAGAACGGCCUUAUUUCCAGAGCUGGGUGCUGAGCCCCGGAGACGUAGCCCCAGAUUUUCCUGGGAGGCGACCGCCGCCCGCUGCCUACAGUCCGGAUGCUGCCGGAACCGCGGGGCCAGCGCAGAGCCCUGGCAGACUGGAGGCGCUGGGUGGCCGCUUGGGCAGGAGGAAAGGCGCGGGCCCCAAGAAGGAACGGCGGCGCACGGAGAGCAUUAACAGCGCCUUCGCGGAACUGCGCGAGUGCAUCCCCAAUGUGCCGGCCGACACCAAGCUCUCCAAGAUCAAGACCCUCCGCCUGGCCACUAGCUACAUCGCCUACCUCAUGGACGUGCUGGCCAAGGACGCACAGGCCGGGGAUCCCGAAGGUUUCAAGGCGGAGCUCAAGAAGGUGGACAGCGGCCGCGAAAGCAAGCGUAAGAGGGAGACGCCCAACGAAGGAUAUCCUCAUCCUCUUGGACCCGGAGAGAAAAAGAUUAAAGGGCGGACAGGCUGGCCACAGCAAGUCUGGGCUUUGGAGCUCAACCAGUGAGAAGCAGCCUCGGAAAGGGAACCGAGCACUCAGAAAAUCCGCCGGGCGCCAUCGGAGUUCGAGGCAAGACUACUAUUUCUGGCUGUCCAUUAUUUUCUCAUUCUAUUAUGGAUAUCUUAAGUACUCCUGAGAGUUGUCAGCAGCAAAACUGGUCAAGUGCAAUGCCCUUUGAAAUUGUUUUUUAAUUCGUUAAGAGAAAGAAAGAAAAAUAUAUUAUAUAUAUUAUAUAAAAAUGUAUCCAAGCAAACGGAAUGGGGAGCCGGUAUUGACAGGCACACGAGAGGCAAAUCGGACCAACCUUGCUGGCCCUCAUUUCCAACCUUCAACUUACCUUUUCCGUCCUAGAUUGGAAAUCUGAUUUUGCUCUCCUCUGCCUCCUUUUACCCAUUAUUUUGCAAUAUCUCGAAGUCAUUCUCUGCACAGCUUCCUCCUUGCCCGGGACUCCGGUGACCAUGCAUUUCCACGGGAAAGGAGAGCCUAGUUGGUCUGGGAAUUAUUCUUUUAAACAAGUGUUGGUUUGGCACCCACACUUCCUGCCUAAUGCCUAAUAAUUCCUAGUUCCUAGGGAUAACCUCUUAUUCUUUGUAAAUAAAAAUGUUGUUCCCGGCACUGAAGUUUUUAUAUAUUUAAACUACCUAAUUCUGCCUGCCCAGGCUCAGGUUUUUUUUUUUUGUUGUUGUUUUUUGGUUUUUGGUAAAUCUUGCUCAUCCUUUACUGGUUGUGUUUUGUUUUUGUUUUUGCUACCUCAAAGCUGUGUGACCAUUCGCUUGGGAGAAGGUUCACCAAAGCUGCCCUUUUAUUCUCUUGACCUCAAAACAUUUCCAUGGAAGGCAUUUAUGCAUAAGGUCGGGGAGGCCAGCUUUCUUACUUUUCCAUUUAGAGGGCAAUCUGAAUCUCUCUUUCCCUUCCUUAUUCAAGGAAAGGAAAAAAAAUGAAAAAUAUGUUUAGAACCACCAAGAAAAAUUCCCUAAAAAACUUUUUGAGUUGAAUUGAUGAAGAUCAAUUCUUUGAAAUAAAAUCAGUCCAGUUAGACAGUUUGGGGGAAAGAGAGGGGCUCUCUAGGACACCCUGCUAUUGAAGGUUUGGAAAGUAAAGCUUUGAUCAAAAUGGCCCUCAAGACCACUAAGAAGAAAAACUAGGCACCAUUGGGUCCUGGGAAUUUCUGCAGCAUACCAGCACUAUAAUAUAUGUACAUGUGUAUAUGGCUAAUGUAUGUAUGCUAGCAUAUAUAUGGUUUUACAAUACUGAUCAACUUGAUGGGAGGAACAAGCACAUAAUAAAACAAUCUCUAAUUGGUGGGGGAAUGGGAAAUCGAAUAGAUGUAUAUUAUUUUGUUCUGUAUACAUGUAAAUGUAUAUACACACCUGUGGGUAAA